UUGGGUUUACUCAAGCCAACAAACAACAACUACUGCAGUCCUCCCUUACACAGUUUCUGGCUCUCUCUUUCUCUCUCUCUCUCUCAGCUUUUGUGUUCAAAAAAAGAAAAAAGCCACAUUUAAAAAAAUUUUAAAUAUUAAAUUUUUUUUUUUUUUAAAAAAUAAUAGAAAAAGUCUGAGACAAGCUUCAGUGUGUGAGAGAGAGCUUUCUUUGCAUUAAUAUCUGAUAGAGAGAGAGAGAGAGAGAGAGAGAGAGAGAGAAAGAGAGCUUGAAGAGAAAGACAGAGAGUGAAGCUCGAUCCAAGCUUUUUCUGGGAGGUUGUGAUUGAGAUUUUCAAUUGGAGUUUCUUUGGAGAAGGAGACGAUGAACGGGUUGGGCAGGCAUGGCCAGAGAUCUGGUGCGACUGGGGUGGUUCACCACCAGCGCCAAUACUCCGACAAUUUCUUGGAGGCUUCCUCCAAUGGAAAAUGGUUGCAGUCGGCUGGUCUUCAGCAUCUUCAUUCCUCCAACGCUUCUGGUCCUCCACCUCCUUCUCUUCAGGAUUUUGGUUUCUAUGGUGGCGGCGGUGGAGGGCAGGGGUCUAGAAUGUAUCGGACUGCGCAGAGGGGCUACAAUGAGUUUUACGUGGAGCCCUCUACGCCUCCAAGCAAUUCAAGAAGGAAGAACGGCGACGACUCACCCAGUGAGUUCAGUCCUGGGCUUUUGGAUCUGCAUUCUUUCGACACUGAGCUUCUUCCUGAGAUGCCAGUCUCGAGCCUCUAUGAUGGUACUUCUCUUUACCAACCUGUUCGAGGAAGAAGCUUUGAUGAUUCUGAGCCAUACAUUUCUAACAACAAACAAACAGGCAGAGCCCGUGGUUUGCCAGAAAACAACCUCCUUAAGAGUUUCGCUACUGACAAAGAGAAAGCCAGUUCUGUAGCUAAGAUCAAAGUUGUGGUACGCAAGAGACCACUUAACAAAAAGGAGUUAGCUAAGAAUGAGGAAGAUAUCAUAGAAACUCUUUCCAAUACUCUAACGGUUCAUGAGACUAAGCUGAAGGUUGACCUAACAGAAUAUAUAGAAAAACAUGAAUUUGUUUUUGAUGCAGUGCUGAACGAGGAGGUCUCAAAUGAUGAGGUAUAUCGUGAGACUGUGGAGCCCAUAGUUCCAAUAAUUUUUCAACGCACAAAAGCAACUUGUUUUGCAUAUGGACAAACAGGAAGUGGAAAAACUUAUACUAUGAAACCGUUGCCAUUGAAAGCAUCUCGAGACAUAUUGAGGUUGAUGCACCACACCUACCGCAACCAGGGAUUUCAGUUGUUUGUGAGCUUCUUUGAGAUAUAUGGUGGGAAGCUUUUUGAUCUUCUCAAUGAUCGAAAAAAACUUUGCAUGAGAGAGGAUGGAAGGCAGCAAGUUUGCAUUGUGGGUUUGCAAGAAUACAGAGUAUCUGACGUAGAGACAAUUAAGGAUCUAAUUGAGAAGGGUAGUGCCACUAGAAGUACGGGCACUACUGGUGCAAAUGAAGAAUCCUCCCGCUCACAUGCCAUACUUCAGCUUGCUAUAAAGAGGUCAGCUGAUGGCAGUGAAUCAAAGCCUCCCCGAGUUGUUGGCAAACUCUCCUUCAUCGAUCUUGCUGGAAGUGAACGAGGUGCUGAUACAACAGAUAAUGAUAAACAGACAAGAAUGGAAGGUGCCGAAAUCAAUAAGAGUUUACUUGCAUUAAAGGAAUGCAUAAGAGCUCUUGACAAUGACCAAGGACAUAUUCCAUUCAGAGGCAGUAAGUUAACUGAAGUUCUUAGGGAUUCAUUUGUUGGUGACUCACGCACUGUUAUGAUAUCGUGCAUAUCACCAAGCUCUGGAUCAUGUGAACAUACUCUCAACACCUUGAGAUACGCAGACAGAGUGAAGAGUCUCUCAAAAGGAAACAACCUUAAGAAGGAUAUAUUACCUCCAACCUUAAACCUUAAGGAAUCAACAACUGUACCCUUAUCAUCAGUUUUACCAACCGGCUCCACCUUUGAGGAUGACAUAACUGAUACAUGGCCUGAACAAGUUGAACGAGAAGACUUUGAUGCAUCAGAAGAGCCCUAUGAGCAGCAGGCAAAACCAUUAUGGAAGAAGAAUGGGAAGCAAGACCCAUAUAAUAUAUCGAUGGCCGAGGGCAAAUUUCGGAGACCCAAUGGACAGACAAAUUGGAAGGAUCUGCCAAAAGUUGAUUCUAGAAAUUCACAUUCAGAUGAUGAUUUAAAUGCCCUUUUGCAGGAAGAGGAGGAUCUUGUAAAUGCUCAUCGGAAACAAGUGGAAGACACAAUGAAUAUUGUUAGGGAGGAGAUGAAUCUAUUGGUUGAAGCAGACCAACCAGGGAAUCAGCUUGAUAACUAUGUUACUAGAUUGAAUGCCAUUCUAUCCCAGAAGGCUGCAGGCAUCCUGCAACUUCAAAAUCGUUUGGCUCAUUUUCAGAAGCGUUUAAAGGAACACAAUGUUCUUGUAUCCUCUUCUGGAUAUUGAUACAGUUUGAAAUUUGGCCAUUUUUUUUUUAUUUUUACAUAUUAAUUAUAUGGGAUUCACAAGCCACUGGCAUGCUUUUGUAUAGAUAUUAAUUUUGUAAUUUGAUUAUGAAAGAGCAGUGGGACUGGAUGUGCUUGUUUUCCAGGGGAAUUGGUCAUUUUAUUGUCAUAAUGUACUUGUAUUCUUUAGCAGCAUAUACAGAUUAAAGUUUCUUGGAUAUCUCUUUUA